CAUUCUUUCGCUGCAGUCGAUCGCUAGCAGGUGGGUCGUGCGCGCGUGCGUCCGCCAUCUUUAACAGCUGAUUCGCGAUUCAUGCCACGAUCGUACACAAUCCCUGAAACAAAAAAAUCAAUCAAGCUCGGCUUGAAUGACAUAUCGCUUUUUAACAGUGCUGUGAUUAAAGACUAAAGACUAAUGAAGAUGACAGUUAAUCGAAUAAGAGUCGUGGUCCUGGGCAGUGCACGCACCGGCAAAUCGGCCGUGGUGGUUCGUUAUCUUACUAAACGAUAUAUUGGGGAAUACAGUUCUACAGGAGAUUUUCUCUAUCAACACCGCGUGUCGUUUGAAGGUGUUACGUCGGAAAUUGAAGUUUUGGAUACUUGUGGAUGUGCCAAACGAGGUUGUUUAGCGGAACAUCUGCGGUGGGGCGACGCGUUUGCGGUGGUGUACUCGGUGUGCGACCGGAGAUCGUUUUUGGCUGCGGCAGAGCUGUUAGCGCUGUUGGAGAGAACUAGGCUGCCUGGCUGCGCGGCCGUCACUUUGCUGGGGAACAAAAGGGAUUUGGAGCACGCUAGGGUGGUGAAGACUGAGGAAGGUCAAGAGAUGUCGCUGCGGUUCGGGUGCCAGUUCUACGAGGUGUCUGCGGCGGAGUCUUGCGCAGGCGCCGCGCUCUCCUUCCACUCUUUGUUGAGAGAAGCUCGCGCGCUUGCCAUGUUAUUACCGACGCCACGCCGCAAGCUCGCCGCUUACUCUGUCUCAAAGGUAAUCGGUACUAUUCUCGGACUCAGCAAUAAGAGUGUGCGGAAGAAACGACCCUCCCUCAGCAUAUGAUCUGUUGAGUCGAUAUGAUUUUUGGUCUUGUUCACUCCGCAACGGAGUUUGUCUCUGCUCAAGGCAGAAAGUUUUCUGGUCGACAGACGGUCAAGCCUGGCUUGAAGAUGGAAUGGAAAGAAAUGGAAUGCUUAUCCAGAAUGCAGAUGGCUUUAAUGGUUAAUAUAUUUUGUACUUGUAUUGAGAGUUUUAAAAGGUAUUUUUAUCGCCCCGUAUUUUGUACAUGUCUUAUGAAAUUUAUUGUUAUAUAAAUAAAAUAAUAUACUUACCAAAUUUGUAAUGAAAUUUUUAUAUUAAAAAAUAAAAAAAUAUAAAUCGAAAGAUAUUGAAACCUUGUUAAAUAGUUAUGUCUAUUUUUUUCAUUUUAUAUCUGUAUCUAAUAAUGUACCUAAGAAAAAAAUUCUAAUAAAGAGCUUUACCGACGUAAUUUUUACGAUUUCGUAAAUAUUUCAAAUCUCACCAAGCGUGAUUGUUAAAUAAAUUUAAUCUGAAAUUGAUAAUGUGAAAGUAUGUGUUAAGUAGUGUACAUAACUAUGUUAAGGGGUUUAUCAACUUUUAAUUGGCUGAUUACAAAUCUAGAGUAGGUAACUGUCAAUUAAUGAAAUAGUAUUAAUUAAUUAUUUUUUAUUAAAUCUGCUUCCAUUGUGGAAUGUGUAAUUUUGCAAUAUAAUGAAGAAUCUAUCGUAAGUAUAGAAAAACUUGUGGAAUACAAUAAACAAAUAUGAUACAGGGUAUCUCUACAAAGACGUUUCUAACCUUGUCUGAUCGUGGCUUAUAUCAGAGACUUGGUACGUGGUAUAAGUCUAUAAAAAGAUUAUUAAUAGCUAUUCAAACAAUAAAAAGUUAUACAAAGUUUUGAAAGAGUAUCAAACCUAUUAUAAAACUUUGUUUUUUAUAUUAUAGAUUAGUCGUUAUUAGGCGUUGAUACAAACACUCAAUGCUCAUUGUUAUAAAAAUGUGUAUAAAUUAGGUAAAAGUUACGGAUAUAAAUAACUACAGAACCCUAAAUUACGUUUGGUUAAAUGCGCAUUUUGCUGUAUUUACAAAUGUUAUAAGAUCCGAAAGCCUUAAUGUGAUAGUUAAUCAUUGACUUUUUUAAUAUACCUACGAUUGAAUAAUUUUAGAUACUUGUAGGCUCCAUGAUAAAACCAUUAAUAUCAAUUACUCCAAUUUAUUAACUGUAAAAACUGAAAUAAUAGGUACCUACGGUAAAUAUUAUAGAACCUUAGAAAUAUUAUUAGAACACGAGUGCUAGCCCAAGCUCAAUUCUUAGACAAUUUUUUUAGGUUACUGGAAACCGAAUGAAGAUUUUUGUACGAAUUUUUAAUGUAAAAAGCACCUACGAUAAUAAUAUAUUAUUCCUUAAGUUUGACCCACCUUUUGCUUUUAAUUAAUUAAUUAAAAAUGUUUGUAUAAACAUACCUAAUUUCCUAUUAGUGAUAAGACUACCGCUAUUUUAAAUAUUAAUUACCUGUGGACCAGGAAGUUUAACGUUGUAUUUUUGUCAUUACCUUUUAAUUAAAUGUUUUUUGUAAAAUGUCAAUUAUAUUUAUAUGAACUAAAUACAAUUACAAAAAUACAAUUAUUAUUGAAUUUAAUUAAA